AUUUCAAAAUAUCGCACGCAAAUUAGCCCCAUCCCUAGUGCAAAACAUAGCAAAAACAAUUGCGCGAUAGAAAUUAUUUUAGAAAUACAAAUAAAUAGCCAGUUUUAACAAUAGAGCCAUUAUAUUGUGUAUCACACACAUUGGUCGAAGCUUGGCCCACGCAUAAAAGGUGUUUUUGUUGAAAACUCAAAGAACAGAGAAACAGACACAAUGAUGAGCCUGCUGGGGCCACGCGAUGUGGAUACGGGUGAGGUCUUUGUCAACUUUAAUCAAAACAUAACCUCGUUGGCAGUGGCCACCAGCGGUAGCUACAGCCUGUAUAGCCUAAGUUCUGUUGACUCAACGCUGGACAAAAUCUAUAACACAAAAAGCGAUGAUCUAUUCUUGAUCGAGCGACUCUUUGAGAGUUCUCUGGUUGCCAUUGUAUCGCAGCGUGCGCCGCGCAAAUUGAAAGUUUGCCAUUUCAAGAAGCAGAGCGAAAUUUGCAAUUACUCUUAUUCGAAUACAAUUUUGGCUGUGAAGCUGAAUCGGGAACGUUUGAUUGUCUGCUUGGAGGAGUCGCUCUAUAUACACAACAUACAGGAUAUGAAGGUGGUGCACACCAUACGCGAUACUCCCUGUAAUCAGUUGGGCUUAUGUGCCCUCUCCUCCUCGUCGGAGCACUGCUAUCUGGCAUAUCCGGGCAGCGUGACAGCGGGCGAGGUGCAGAUCUUUGAUGCCAUCAACUUGCAUGCCAAGACUAUGAUACCAGCCCAUGACACACCAUUGGCGGCCAUUGCUUUUAGUCCGUCGGGCACAGAGAUUGCCACAGCCAGCGAGCGUGGCACUGUAAUUCGUGUGUUCAGCUCUCAGGAUGGCAGCCGUUUGUUCGAACUGCGACGAGGCCUCAAACGUUGUGUCUCGAUUGUCUCGCUCUCAUUCAGCACUUGUGCCGAGUAUUUGGUCUCCAGCUCGAACACAGAGACGGUGCACAUAUUCCGCUUGGAUCGCAGCGCUGCCGAAAACAACGACCAUGGCAAACAGUCCAGCGAUGAUUGGAUGGGUUACUCGUUUUUUAGAUUCUUGAGCAAAACGGUGACCAGCUACUUGCCCACGCAGGUGACCGAUGUGUUUAGCCAGGGCCGAGCUUUUGCGUCGGUCACGCUGCCAGAGGCAGGUGUGCGCCGCAUGUGCGCCAUAACCACGAUACAAAAGCAGCUCAGACUUUUGAUUGCCUCGCAGGAUGGCUAUUUGUAUGUUUAUUCCAUACCCUCGAUUGAGGGCGCCGAGUGCCAGUUGCUGAAGCGGCAUGACUUGCGCUUGGAUGAUAGCUAUGCUAUGGAUGUUAAAGUUGAUUCACAUCAUGCUUCAGGUCUUAACAGUAAUGUUUGCAUUGGCGGUGCGGCCGGUGUACCAAGUGCUGCUGCUGCUGCUGCUGCUGCUGCAGCUGCUGCUGGUGAUGGCAAAGCUAAUGAGAAACCGGGCAGUUCAUCGAGUGGCGGGGCCAACGCAGGUGCCAGCUAUGCCUCGGCUGUUAAGGGCGAUGAACCGGCUGGUGGCUCAUCCUCCUCCACUUAGGUGCAAUUGAACUCACGCAACAACAACCAUAACUGAUAACAGAAAAUGAUAAAAACACAUGGAAACAAAAAGAAAAGAACUCACUCCUCAAAGUACUAAGGACGAUGAUGAUAAAGUGAUUGGAUUUGGGUCAUGCAGCUGGCGACGACAUGGUGGAGACGGUAGCUCGCUCCAUGACGUCAAACAAAAAUAAGUAAAUAAAUGAAUAGGUCUUAGACUUAGCUUUUAAAUAUAAUCAAUUGACGAUUCUUCCUCGGUUAAUAAGUAAAAAAAGUUUAGUUGAGUGACGCUCCAUUUCUCAAAGCAAUUUUUGUUAGUUUUUAAGUUCACUGUUCAUGGCGCUGCCAUUAAUAGGUAAAGAAAU